CUGCCGGAGAGCCCAACAACGGUCGCGAUCACCUCACGAGGAGAGGUACGACCGUAGCUUCCCCUUCCGUCCUUCCACCGCAUCGGUCGUCCUCUUCCUCCUUCUCUCUCUCUCUCUCUCUCUCUCUCUCUCUCAACAUCACAGCUCCCUCUGCAAAACGACACCACCAAUUCUUAACAAUUUCCCCUGACCGCCAUAACUGCUCCUCCCAAGCUUCCCAUCUCUCUCUCUCUCUCUCUCUCUAUCUCCUUCUCCUUCUCCAUCUUCCUCGCCAUCACGUAAACCUCCGGCAUUCCGUCAGCUCCCUUCCUCUCUCCCUUCAAAUGCAGCCGUCCUGUUCGUCGUUUGACUCAGCUCCUCCUCGUCUAUUCACCUCCUUGUCGUCUUCUCAUCUUCUCUCGGCCUGCAUUGCAUGAGCUCCUUCAAUAGUUUCAGGUACCGCCUCUGUAUAUAUAUACAUACGUACAGCUCAGCUGUUUUAGGAAGUUUCCAACCGAGAGAACGCAUCCACGGCGAUUGGUUGGCCGGGGAAUUUGAUGAAGGCAGCGGUGGCUCUGCGGUUCCGAUAGGGACGAAGGAACAACAUGCCGAGCAUCAAAGCUCCAGGAAUGAAGAAGGCCACGACCUUAACGGUUGCGGUCAAAUGCAGGCCCUUGACGGAGCGGGAGCGCGGCCGUGACAUUGUCAGAGUGCAUGACGGGAAGGAGGUGCUGGUAUUGGAUCCUGACCUCUCCAAGGAUUACCUCGAUCGCAUACAGAAUCGAACUAAGGAGAAGAGGUACCGAUUUGAUCAUGCAUUCGGACCUGAAUCCUCAAAUUUGGAUGUCUACAAUAAAUGUAUAUCUUCCACAAUUUCUGGAGUUGUUCAAGGUCUCAAUGCUACCAUCUUCGCAUAUGGCUCUACUGGAAGCGGCAAAACAUACACAAUGGUUGGGACUAGAGAUGAUCCUGGUCUCAUGGUUCUUAGCUUGCAUACUAUCUUUGAGCUUAUCAACAAGGACAGCAGCUCGGAUGAAUUUGAAGUUAAUUGUUCCUACCUUGAAGUCUAUAAUGAAGUUAUAUAUGAUCUGCUUGAAAAAUCAUCUGCUCAUUUGGAAUUGAGAGAGGAUCCUACCCAAGGAAUUGUUGUUGCUGGCCUAAGGUCAAUUAAGGUCCGCUCAGCCGAUAAAAUACUUGAACUUCUGAAUCUGGGGAACAGUCGGAGGAAAACAGAAAGUACUGAGGCCAAUGCAACAUCCUCAAGAUCACAUGCAGUUCUAGAGAUUACUGUGAAAAGGAGGCAGAAAAGAAAGUAUCCAAAUCAGGUCAUGCAAGGAAAACUUGCACUUGUGGAUCUUGCUGGAAGUGAACGAGCUUCAGAAACAAAUAGUGGAGGGCAAAAGCUAAGAGAUGGUGCUAAUAUCAACCGUUCACUGCUUGCAUUAGCAAACUGCAUCAAUGCUUUGGGGAAGCAGCAAAAGAAGGGCCUCGCUUAUGUCCCUUACCGCAAUAGCAAGCUGACGCGGAUUCUUAAAGAUGGCCUUAGCGGUAACUCUCAAACGGUUAUGGUGGCAGCAGUAUCACCUGCAGACUGUCAGUAUCACCAUACAGUGAAUACAUUAAAAUAUGCCAAUCGAGCAAAGGAAAUAAAGACGCAUAUUCAGAAAAAUAUCGGUACUGUUGAUACACAUGUAUCCGACUACCAACGGAUGAUAGAGAGUCUUCAAGUUGAAGUUUGUUGUUUGAAGAAGGAGCUAGCUGAAAAGGAGUCGCAGCUAACUGUCAGAAGUACUGAAACAGCAGCAGAUGAUGAGCUUUCUUGGUUGAAUGCAUUGAGCUGUGAGACCAGCGAAAAUGUCCAGGAGAGGAUAAACUUACAGAAAGCACUGUUUGAGCUUGAAGAAACUAAUAUCCGUAACCGAACUGAACUCCGGCAACUUGAUGAUGCCAUUGCAAAACAACAGGCUAUUGAAAAGGAUGGCACAGUUGUGGAGGCUUUAAGAGCAAGGCGGCAACUCAUUCUUGAUAAUAUCCGUGACAAUGAUGAGGCUGGUAUUAACUACCGUAAGGAAAUUGAGGCAAAUGAGAAGCUUCAAUGUGAACUCCAACACAAGAUCAAUGAAGCUAUCAAUAACCACGGAAACAAAACCUACCUGCGCAUCCUCAGUCAGUACAGGCUUCAAGAGAUGGCGAAUACAGAGCUUCAGCUGGAAGUGGCAAUGAGAGACCAAAUUAUUCACCGUCAACGCGAUGCACAAAGAAAUUUAUGGAACUUGUUAAUGGGUUUGGGGCUUGAUGAGAGGCGGCUGUUGGAUCUUGCCGCAUGGCAAGGAAUUCCGAUGGAAGACUACAUGAUGGCUCCUUAUAUGGGUCUCUCCAAUAAGAACCAAUCACCAAAUCCGGCUGUCCAUAGAUAUAUUCCUUCUCCAUGCACAAGCCUUUCCUAUUCAACAUCAUCUUCCAACUUUGAACACUAUCAAAACUUCGAAAAUGGAUCCAUGCGAAGAGGGAACUGGAACUCGUUUUGCAGGGAGGAGCGUCACAUGUCGUAUUAUUUUCUCUCUGACAACCCCUCCCCAUCGGCUCAACUGCAGACAAGGAAGAGCGAAUGUUGGGUUAGUGGUAAUUCAGGCUUGUGUUUGGACUCUCCUAAUACCAAUCCUCAAAAUUCGGAAGAUUCCAACGCAAAAAUGGAAUGUCGACCCCGGCCUUAUGAAACCUGCUCAUCAGUCGGGGCUCGUUCUUUAGGAGAUCAGCACGAGGACCCAACCAAUGAUAAUGGAUGGUACCAUCGCACAGAUCGUAGUGUACAUAGUAGUAGCGGAGAUUCUCACUGUAAUAUGAGAAGGGAACAUGUCGGUAGAACUGAUGGGCCAGCGGGAUGCAAUAGCUUUACAGGGCAAUGCUCAACAACUAGCUUUUCUCGGAAUCCCAUGAACUGCAGUGACUCAUCUUACAAUUUUCCUUCUUAUGGGAAUGUAAGGCCUUCUUCUGGUUCGUAUUGUAGUCCGCAAUCCGAAGUUCUCUCUUCAAACAUCUUCACUCCCCGGCAUUCCCGAAUUAGUUAGUGAUCCAUCUUCCACGAUAUUCAUUUUGUACCUUUAGCCACACGUACAUAUGGUAGGAUUAGUAUCUUCCUCCAAAACAUGCUUUGAUUUGAUUGGCUCAUGAUCCUUUGUUCUGUAAAGGGAAGUAGCAAGGAUUAGCUCUAAAGCGGCAGUUUUUUUUUUUUUUUUGUCAUCAUGCCAUGGGAAGCUCAUGGAUUGAAGUAGUAAUCUCUGUUUGUAAAUAUCGCGGUUGAUCAAGGGACUGAAUUACUUGAUUCAGUCGCUGCGACCAAAUUUCAUCAAAAUUCAUUGUUUUGAUUCAAUAUAUCAUUCUGAUUCUCGAUUUG